CUCCUCACUGGUCAGAAGCCUGGCCAGGAGCCGUGGGGUAGACCACUAGGAGGCUUAAAUAAGGCUGGUAAGAUCUGCACACCAGAGGAGCCUUAUAUAAGUAUGAAACGAUCAAAGAGAAGCAUGAAACAGCCAGCCCCAAGAACCAAAAGAAAGAAGGGGAAGAAGACUUCCUGUCAACCCAAGACCAGGCACGGCGGCAAGGCGCAGAAGAAAACCAAGAAGACAAAAAGACCCCUUCGAAGGAAUGUGAAAAACAAACCGCCUCAGUCAUCCCCCUCCUGUUUGAGAAUGCCUCACAGAAGAGUAAGGCCAACUAUAUUCAUCUGCUACCACAAGCUGAACAAGACACCGAGUGAGAAUGAGCAGAGCAGGAACAAGAAACACUGGAAACUCCAACCAUUCCAAAUAACAUCUUGUGCGGCCAGUAAAUGCAGAGCCUGGGCCAGAAACGUAGAAUCAGCUACGGCAUAUUGUGAAGUGGCUAUAGAGAACUGUUCGGACACCUAGGGGCCAGAUCUAGACCAACAAGGUACACAGACGUUGAUAAAAAUGAAAACAAGUUGUGAAAAGGA